GCCGAAUUCCUCUGGAACCAGCGCCAUUUCCUAUGGGUGAAGGUUAAAGUUCCACGGGGGUAGGAGGAGCAUCCUGAUACGACCUGACCUUGACUCACGGCCUGGAUUCGGGAGUCAGAUUGGAGUCCAGGCGCUCGGUGGAGGGGAGGGGUCCGGCUUCAGGAGAGGGUCAUGCACGCAGACUUGGAGGUGUAGUCAUGGGGUGGGCUCACCACUAGGGCGAAGAUUCGUGUCCUUGAUGUCAAAGAGAGGCGGGGCUUCCCGCCGACCCAUUGAGAAGCAGGUGUCAGCUCAUGGAGACCGCGGCGACUGCCGCCCCAGCUUGGGGCUUCUCCUCUUUCCUGCUCCUGGCCUUCGGGACGCUAGUGGCCGCCUUGCUGGGCGCCGCUCACCGCCUGGGGCUUUUCUAUCAGUUGAUGCACAAGGUGGACACGGCAAGCAUCCGGCAUGGUGGGGAGAAUGUGGCAGCCGUGCUGAAGGCCCACGGUGUGCGCUUCCUUUUCACGCUGGUCGGCGGGCACAUUUCGCCACUGCUGGUGGCCUGUGAGAAGUUGGGCAUCCGUGUGGUGGACACCCGCCACGAAGUCACAGCUGUCUUUGCCGCUGAUGCUGUAGCCCGCCUGACCGGGACGGUGGGUGUGGCAGCAGUGACAGCAGGCCCCGGCCUCACCAACACAGUGACUGCGGUGAAGAAUGCCCAGAUAGCUCAGUCCCCAGUCCUGCUCCUGGGUGGGGCUGCCAGCACCCUGCUGCAGAAUCGGGGUGCACUCCAGGCAAUUGAUCAGAUGUCCCUGUUCCGGCCGCUCUGCAAAUUUUGUGCUUCUGUGCGUAGAGUGCGGGAUAUCAUCCCCACCCUGAGGGCCGCGAUGGCCGCUGCACAGUCGGGCACCCCCGGCCCGGCGUUUGUGGAACUGCCUGUGGACGCGCUGUACCCCUACUUCAUGGUUCAGAAGGAGAUGGUGCCAGCUAAGCCGCCCAAGGGCCUCAUGAGCCGAGCGGUCCACUGGUACUUAGCGAAUUCCCUGGCCAACCUCUUUGCAGGAGCUUGGGAGCCUCAGCCUGAGGGGCCUCUGCCCCUGGACAUUCCCCAGGCCUCCCCCCAGCAGGUUCAGCGAUGUGUGGAGAUCUUGAGUCGGGCCAAAAGGCCCCUCAUGCUAAUUGGGAGCCAGGCCCUGCUGCCUCCGACAUCUGCAGAUAAGCUUCGGGUUGCCGUGGAGACCCUGGGCAUCCCUUGCUUCCUGGCGGGGAUGGCACGGGGACUGCUGGGCCGCAACCACCCCCUCCACUUCCGGCAGAACCGCAGGGCCGCCCUGAAGAAGGCAGACGUGGUCGUCCUGGCAGGAACAGUGUGUGACUUCCGCCUGUCCUAUGGGCGUGUCCUCAGCCGCAGCAGCAAAAUCAUUGUUGUCAACCGUGACCGGAAGGAGAUGCUGAUCAACUCAGACAUUUUCUGGAAGCCCCAAGAGGCUGUGCAGGGAGAUGUGGGCUCCUUCGUGGUGAAGCUGGUGGAGGGCCUCCGGGGUCAGAUGUGGGCCUCAGACUGGGCAGAGGAGCUUCGGCAAGCCGACCAACAGAAGGAGCAGACCUUCCGGGAGAAGGCACUGAUGCCCGUAGCCCAGCAUCUUAACCCGGUGCGGGUCCUGCAGCUGGUGGAGGACACUCUGCCUGACAACUCCAUCCUGGUGGUCGAUGGCGGGGACUUUGUGGGCACAGCUGCCUACCUGGUGAAGCCUCGUGGGCCCUUGUGUUGGCUUGAUCCUGGGGCCUUCGGGACUCUGGGGGUUGGUGCUGGAUUUGCACUUGGGGCCAAACUCUGUCGGCCGGAUGCUGAGGUCUGGUGCCUGUUUGGGGAUGGAGCGUUUGGCUAUAGCCUCAUCGAAUUUGACACCUUCGUCAGACACAAGAUCCCAGUGAUGGCCUUGAUAGGAAAUGAUGCUGGCUGGACCCAGAUUUCCAGGGAGCAGGUGCCCUCUUUGGGCAGCAAUGUGGCCUGUGGCCUGGCUUACACUGAUUAUCACAAGGCAGCCCAGGGACUGGGGGCCCAGGGCUUGCUGCUCUCACGUGAGAAUGAGGAUCAGGUGGUCAAGGUGCUGCGUGACGCCCAGCAGCAGUGCCAAGAUGGCCACCCGGUUGUGGUCAACAUCCUCAUCGGGAGGACGGACUUCCGGGAUGGCUCCAUCGCCAUGUAGGGCCUCAUGGGUCAGUGCUUUUGGCUGUCUUCCCACCCCUGGACUGUGCCUAGCUGGCUUGGAGUUUUAUCCUUGCCUGCCCUGGGCCUAAGCCAUGAGGCCCAGUGACGCUGCAAUCUUCCCUGAGGACAGGGAGGGGCUGGACAGUCAGAGCUAAGAGGGGUUCUGACAGCCCUGGGGAGUCCUUGGGCCUGUUUGUGAACUCAACUGUGUCCUUUCUCCCCUCCUCACUUGUUCAGUAGCUAAGUCAUGUCCAUCUCUUCGCGACUCCAUGGACUGCAGCAUGCCAGGCUCCUCCAACCCUCCACUAUCUCCCAGAGUUUGCUCAAAUUCAUGUCCAUUAAGUCGGUGAUGCUAUCUAACCAUCUCAUCCUCUGCUGCCUCCUUCUCCUUUUGCCUUUGGUCUUUCCCAGCAUCAGGGUCUUUUCCAAUGAAUUGGCUCUUUUGCAUCAGGUGGCCAAAGUAUUGCGGCUUCCUGUCUCACACAAUGAAUAAACCAUGUCUGGUCCAUGGGGGCCCAAGUAC